AGCACACAGUCCGCUGGAUUUUCCACCAGUCUAGAGCCAGCCUUCGUCGUUAGCCGAUCGCCGUGAAUUUAAUAAAUUACCUAGUUUAACUCCGUCUCCGAGAUCGACAUAGAAAUUUAGUCAUGAAGUACUACCUGUUGGUGAUUGCAGCCGUGUCUUUUCUGACCUACAUCAGUUGCGAUGGUUGCAUUCAGUGCAACUCGAAGACCAACGAACGCUGCGCCACCGAUCCGGUGACCCUGCUCAAUCGCAACUGCUCCGAUGGCUCCUCCAACUGCUAUUCCCGCAUCGUGGAUGGCUACACGAUCCGUGGAUGUGCCGCCGAUCUGGACAAUGCCACGCGAGCGACCUGCAACAACGAGCUGGUGUGCCAGAUUUGCACCUUCAGUGAGGGAUGCAACCGGAACACUUUCCCGCUGAGCCGCGCCCAGUGCCUGCAGUGCUCCGGCAACUCGACGUGGUCGGUGUGCGCCAAGGAGACCUACAGCCUGGCCUCCAUCUGCCCCAUUUACAAGUUCGGCGAUCAGUGCUACAUCCGCAACAGCAAUCGCACCGUGGACGGAUCCUUCCAGCGCGGCUGCCUCAGCUCGGCCCGUGCCCAGAAGCAGUGCGUCAAGGAUGGUAACUGCUUCACCUGUGAGGGACGUGGCUGCAACUUCCUCGCCGCCAAUGACACCCAAAUCCCAUUGGCCCGCGACUCUGCCGUUCAGGUGGCACUCACCUUCUCCCUGAUGAUCGCCGGUCUCCUGGUCGCCGGACGAGCCUAAGGACUGUCACUUGGGAACGAUCACAGCUUCCUCCUGCCCUCUACUAAUCCGCCAGCUCCUCCUCCUGCUCUUCUGUCGGCGGCGUCAUAUUUUCCCCAACAGCAUUAUACAUUUAUUUGAUACACUAUUUUUUUUUACUUACUUUUGAACAAAAAGAAAUAAAGAUGGAAGUUGAAUGAGGAAGAGAA